CAAUACUACCUGAAGAAUAGUUAAAAGUAACGCAACAAAGCUUUUAUAAAAUGAUGGAUGGGUCUAACCAAAUAGCGGGAGAAACUUUGCAAGACCUCUACGCGUGGAUAGACAAAAUACCACUUUCCAGACCAAAACGCAACAUAGCGAGAGAUUUUAGCGAUGGAGUUAUGGCUGCAGAAGUUGUGAAGCAUUUCUUCCCUAAAUUAGUGGAUCUGCACAACUACACAUCCGCACAUUCCACACAACAGAAGCUGUGUAACUGGAGCACUCUGAACAGAAAAGUUUUCUCCAAGCUCAACUUCAAUGUACCUCUGGACACAGUCAAGAAGAUAGUUGUCAGCACAGCGGGCUACAUUGAACCAGUUCUGUGCUCUCUGAGAGAGAAGAUAGAGGAGAGGAAAGCAGGAAAACUAUUGGAAGGCAUACAGGACUUGGAAUAUUACAGCAUUACAAAUGGACAACCGGAAUCAGAGAAUCGCCAGGUUAUGGACAUUAUGCACACCAGUCCCACUAUUGUGAAGAAGGAAGAAAAAGUCAGUAAUGCUGCAAACCUGGGCCCAAAUGUGGAUCCAUCCUUGCGAUUGCUCCUGGAAGAAAAGGAACAGGCCAUUUUGGCUUUACAGGACACUGUUGAGAUUUUACAGAUGAAAGUAAACAGGUUGGAGCACCUUGUACAUCUUAAAGAUCUUCGCAUUGAGGACCUGACCAAGCACUUAGAGAGAUACAAGGCCCGCAACAACACCUCAUGAACUUGAAAGCAUUUCAUUUUCAUUAGAUUGAAAAUCUUUCUGACCAAUAAUUUGCUAGCACUUAGAAUAACAGCAGAAUUCAGUGUCCUUCCAAACAGACCAACAUACUCUAGCAGUUUACUUAAACUUCACAAGAGAUCACCAGUAAAGCCUCACCUUUCUGUAUUAUUUUAGACAACGUUCGAGAAUGUAUGGCUUACCUGCAUUAUCACUUGUGCUUUAGUUUUAUGUGAAAAUUAUUGAACAGUAUAUUCAAGUAUUUUUUUAAUGUGUUUCUUUAGACAAAUCUUACAAAUGAAGAGAGAAAUUAAAAACAGAUUAAUUUAUGUGUUUCAGUUUUUUUUUUUUUUUUUUUUACACUGCAGGUCACUGUGUUGUUAUUAUUAUGCCAAAAGACUUAAUGCAUUGUUAAGCUUUGCCAGUAUCAGGGUCUGCGCAAAUGUGUGCCCCAUUAACCCUUAGAUGAUAGGUUAAAGCAAAAGGUUUAUAUUAAAGUAUUUCAACAUUCAUCAUGGAAAAUGGUUAAUUGUCACUUGUUCGUCUUCCUACUGUACAUAUGGCUUUGUAUGCUCAUAAAAUCUCUUGAGUACUUUUCACAUCACUUAAUUAGUUAAUUUAUUAAGUCAGUGCAGUGAAAUAUGUAAGUAAAAAAAAAUUUUUUUUUAAUCGAAUCAUUUAAAGGACCGGAGUCAAU